UGGCAUAAUGUUUUGACUUUUCUCUGCAGAUGUUGUUUGAUUUGCUCUUAACAGCUAGUCAAAUUAUUAAAUUAGUCUUUAUAUUUCAUUAAUAAAAAAAUAUUUUGCAUAAUGGUCGAUGGCUACAUAUCGAGUGCUUUCAGUUUUGUUUUGCAGAACGUAUCGUCUCUAUUUCUUAAUCUUCACUGCAAUUUUGAUAUUUCAACUUAUUUUAGCCAUAAGUUUCUAUAAAAUUCGUUUCGAUGAUCGAAAUGUCUUAUUUAGUGGAUCAUCGAUUGAAAGAAAAGAAAAAAUCAAGAUAAUAGUUGAUAAAGAACAUAUUCGAAAUUCUCAGAUUGAUCCUAACGCUGAUAAGGAAGUUUAUGACUAUGCUGUUGAUGAUGAAGAUCGACAGGCCAUUGUCUGGGAGAAAUUGCUCAAAGACAGCAGCAGCAGAAAUAUUUCUCCUAAGGACAGUGAGAAACAGAAAGCUGUGGACAUUGUGGUGCCUGCUGAAAAAGACCUGAAAAAUCUAAGAAUUGAUUUAAAUGAUAAAAAUGUGGGUCAUAGUGUAAAUGGAUCUCGAAAAUUAGACAGGAUUGAUGGAACUUUGAAUUUAGAUGAAUUGGACUUUCAUCCAUGGUGUAACAUCACAACGAGAGAGGCUGUGACAGCUAUACAUCGUGCUACUACACAAGCUUGCAAAUAUGAAAUUGCUAAUAUUACGUGCCUUAUGCAGCAGGGUAUGCUUUAUCCCAAAAGAUUACCUCGCUACUGUCCAUUAAAAGGAGAGGAAUUAAACCCUUAUAUUGGAUGUUUUAAAGACCGUGCUCAGAAGCGACUUUUAUCCAAUAUUUCUAAGAAACUUGUUGAUAACUCUCCUACUCGAUGCAUUGAUAUGUGCUUGCAAUCUGGUUACCAAUAUGCUGGAGUACAGUACAGUAAGGAAUGCUUUUGUGGCAAAGAAAGACCUCACGAGGACUUAAAAUUAAAUGAAGAUCAGUGUAAUAUGGGUUGCCCUCUGAGCCUGCAUGAAAAAUGUGGGGGAUAUUUUACUAUGAAUGUUUACCAUACUGGGUUACCAAAAAUGGUGAAACUUGAUCCGAAACCUGCUAUGCAAGUCUCGGAGACUGAUACAAUUGGUGUUGUUUUUCUUCUCACUGUUAAUGGCCGUGCCGUCCGUCAAGUUUAUCGCCUUAUCAAUUCAUUGUUUAGUGAAAGACAUUAUUUCUACAUUCAUGUUGAUUCAAGACAAGAUUAUCUUUAUCGUGAACUCAAACUUUUAGAAAAGCAUUUUCCUAAUAUACGUUUGUCUGAUGUCCGUCUCUCUACAAUUUGGGGUGGAGCUAGUCUACUGCAAAUGCUGUUAAGUUGUAUUUCAGAACUUUUACUAUUGAAAAAUUGGAAUUGGGAAUAUGUUAUUAAUCUUAGUGAAAGUGAUUUCCCUAUUAAGUCAUUAUCAUCCUUAGAAAGAUUUCUGAAUGCAAAUAAUGGCAAGAAUUUUGUUAAAUCUCAUGGUCAAGAUACUCAAAGGUUUAUUGCUAAACAAGGCCUUGACAAGACCUUUUAUGAAUGUGAUAUGCACAUGUGGCGCCUGGGAGAUCGGACAUUGCCAUGGGGAAUUCGUGUUGAUGGAGGGAGUGAUUGGAUUGCCUUACAUCGCAACUUUUGCAUGUAUUUGAUACAGCAAAACAACACUCUUCUUCAAGGCCUUAUGACAGUCUUCCGCUAUACAUUGUUGCCUGCUGAAUCAUUCUUUCACACUGUCCUCCAGAAUAGUGAAUUUUGUGAAACAGUGAUUGAUAACAAUCUACAUGUUACUAACUGGAAGCGAAAGCAAGGCUGCAAGUGUCAAUACAAACAUAUUGUGGAUUGGUGUGGCUGCUCACCUAAUGUUUUUAAACCUGAAGAUUGGCCUCGAUUGCAGGCCACUGAAGACCGUCCAUAUUAUUUUGCACGGAAAUUUGAACCUAUUAUUAAUCAACAAAUUAUAGAACAGGUUGAAACAUGGAUCUAUGGACCUAGGAAAGGUAUAACCAAUUUGGAUAGUUAUUGGCAGAAUGAUUAUCAUUUCCUGGAUAAAUCACCUCCCACUGAAGAUUCACGUAUCAGCAUUUAUGAGAGUUUUUCCCGCUUGGGAUUAAAACAAUUACAAACUAUUAAUAAAGCUUGUAAAGUCAAGUUCCUUUCAGUUAUUGAAGCAACCUUGUUUAAUAUGAAUGAUGUUUUCAAAGGAUUACUUAUCUUGUAUAAAGUUCAACUCACUGAUGGAAAUGAACCUGUGAUACUUGAAACGCAAGUGCGGCCGAUUCAGCAUUAUAUUGUUUACAAAGGCAUUGGACCAACUGGACGUUUAAAGUUUUUGCAAGUUGGAUCAGAUUAUGACUUAAAAGAACAAGUAUUUAGAAAUUUUGGAAGAAUCUUGGGUCCUUUCUCAGAUAUUGGUCUGAUCCACAGAUGGGGUACAGGAGCCCAAUUUUCUGCUACUUUUGUAUGGGUUGAUCCCACAAAUUCUGUAGCUGGAUCAUAUGAAGUAAAGAUAGAAGCUGGCAAUCAGGUGCUGUAUCAUAAGCCAACUUUCCGCCAACCCCUACGCCCUGGAACAUGGUCUUUGAAACUUUUAUAUGAAUGGGAAUUGGUUGCUGAGACAUUUUUCCUUGUUAUUCCCCUCUCAGUCUAUAAUGGGCAUGAAGUUUCGAGUGAACAAGUCAAGUUUCUUCACAAUGGCCCUGGUCAGCCAUAUGUGGAUCAUGAUUUUUCAAAUGUGGAAGCCUUGCUUGGGUAUACUAACAAAAGUGUUCAGGCACGCCAGGCCCUCUCAAACUCGAGACGCUAUGGAAGGGAUCUGAAGGAGUGGACAGACACUUUGGUUUCUAAUUUUUGGAGUAUUCAAGACACAUGCUUUGUCAAUCAACCCUUACACCCUUCGGGAGGUACUCUCUGCUUAGAUUUAGAACUUGAUCCUUGUCAUCUGACCUCAUGGAGCUCGCAAGCAGAUGAUCCAAAGUCCACCAUCAGAAAUUUUGGCAUCAACAGUAGAGUUACAUGACAUAAUUUCAGUUUUGUAAAAUUUUGUACUUAAACUGUAUAGAUUAAUAAUUGCUUGUAAAGAACACAUUUUUGCCUUAGAAUCUCUUGCUUUUUUUGUUUUGUUAAGAUGUUUAUUUAUUGUUAAUAUUUUUAUUAGUUUAUAUUCUAAAGUUUGUAAACCUCAUACUACUUAAUUUAAAUCGUUUUAAUAAUUUUAUAAUUAUACAGAUUUUUAAUUUGGCACUUUUUUGCAUUUUAGUGGUUGAUUUAUUUCACUAGUUUUUUAAAUGCAGUAUAUAUAAGUAACUUAAAAUUUAUGCAAGCAAACCUAAUCUUUGCAAAAAAAAAAUUACAAAAAUUUUGAACUUAUUCAGUUUUACUACUAAAAUUUAUAGAAUUCAACACAUAUCACUUUCUCUUAAUCUAAUAAAAAGAUCCAUAUUCAGUACUUUUAAUUUAUUUUUCAAAACUUCAAAUGCAUCCAGGAUUUUAUAUAUUUAACAAUUUUAAGAAAAUAAUGUACUGCAAAUAGAAUAACAUUAACAAAUUUUCUUUCUUUCGAGAAUAAGAUUUAUUUAAUGCUUUUUAAUGUGUUUGCAGAAUUGUAACAAUUCUCAUUUAUUAGUUCUGUGAGCAUUGUCUGAAAAAAAGGAAUUAAAUAUUUUCAACAUUUUUAAAGAUUCAGAAUAUUUCCUGUAAUUAUGUAAACACUAAAAAAAUUAGAGAUGUAAAAGUAUUAUGAAAUUCAAAGCAUUUAUUUUAAGUCUGUUGAUAUUUUAUUUUGAAAUGGAUAUUUUAAAGUUUUUAUUUGUAAUUUUUAUUAAAGUAGACUGCUUGAAAUUUAAUACUUAUAUGAAAUCUAUCAACUGAAAAGUUACAAAAAGACCCAAGGAAAAAGAAUAGUGUAGUGAUAUCAUGUCUUCUGUCUCUCUCUCUCUUUUUAUGAUGGGAGUACAUGAUUUUUAAAUAAAAUGUAAUAUUUUUUAUUAAAUUAAUUUAAUUUUUUGAUGAAAUAAUUUAAAUCAUGGAUUUUGAAAUUUAUCCGAAUACGUUUCUGAGAUGUCCAUGUUUGUGUAUAAAUUUUUUAUAUAGUUUUGCAUUAAAUAAUAUUACAAUCAAUAUUUGCAUAUCCCAAAUAAAGUAAUUCUAUUAAUCCAAUUAAAGCAAUAAUUUAGGAUGUAAAAUAUUAAGAU